ACUCCUCCUGCUUCUCCCCGCAAGUGUUGACUUUUCCUCAGGUGAAUAUAUGUUUUAAAUGCAGGGGGAGGGGGGUGGCUUUUGUUCUGCAGAAAAAGGGGGCUUGUUCCUCGCAGAUCGUCCUUCCAUUUUAACCAGGGGUGUGAGUGCGAACAAGGGGUUGACAUUGGAGCCUGCGAUGGGAGGAGAGGAGGGGAGACUGGAGAGUCGCCAGUCCUGCACUACCGAUCAAUGAGGCAACAUCACCCGCUCUGAACGCAAGGGACGCGCACGUUAUCCACCACCGAGAACCCCGAUAUAUAAACUCUCUACAACCGGCUAAACUGGAAGAUAGCUACUGAGGAUUCUCUGAAGGAAUUACAAAGAGAUAAAUAUUACAGCGAAUGAACUGUCAUCUUCAUUGGCAUAGGAUGACCUUGUUUGCUUUUGCAUUUGUAUCCUUAUUAUUAGAAAACCCACCAGCGCUUUUGCCAAAACUUGAACGCACCUUUUCCAAGUGCACUUAAACGUUGGUAAACUAGAGGGCCGCCUGACCAACAGACAGCCACUUAUCAAUAAUCAUUCAUCAUUGUUAUCAAUUAUCAUUUUCAGUUUCGCAUUUUACUGUCAAGGUUGACGAUAAUUCGUGAGCGUCAGUCUUUUCAAAACAGGCUAUGGACAUUUAUUUGACGUGAAAUGUAGUCCAUUUUUUGCAACGACAAAAAAUUACCGCGUCCUCCAGCCUUGGUCGUUUGGGAUUUUAAUGAAGUCUUUGAAGAGCGAGGAUUGCAACCGAAACCAGUGUUUCACAAAGCUUAUCUUUACCAAGUAACCUCGUUUUUGGAACACUGCAAGCACUGUCAGCUGCAUUUAUCGAAGGAACAAUCAACACAAUCAACAUGCGACGCCUCCCAUCCCAGUUGAGUUAUCUGUUCCUACACUUCUUUGCAUUCUGCUACUAUGCUCAGGUAACCAAUCAGUCCUCGCCUAAUUUCACGCAGCAUGUAAGCGAACAGAGCAAGGUGACGGACCGUGUGAGCCGCAGGUUAAUUCGGACCUACCAGCUUUACAGCCGAACCAGCGGGAAGCACGUGCAGGUUCUGCCCAACAAGAAGAUCAACGCCAUGGCAGACGAUGGAGACGUAUACGCCAAACUCGUCGUAGAGACAGACACGUUUGGAAGUCGCGUGCGGAUCAAAGGAGCAGAGACAGGACUCUACAUCUGCAUGAACAAGAGGGGGAAGCUGAUCGGAAAGAGAAAUGGGCAAGGCCACGACUGCAUCUUCUCAGAGAUUGUCCUGGAGAAUAACUACACGGCGCUGAGGAACGCACGCUACGAGGGCUGGUACAUGGGUUUCACCAGACGUGGACGCCCACGGAAAGGCUCGCGAACGCGGCAGCACCAACGCGAGGUCCAUUUUAUGAAACGAUUGCCUCUGGGAUCCCAUCCCACCCAUCCGGCCCAGCACAAGCCCUUUGACUUCGUCCACUACCCCUUCAGCCCCAGGACUAAACGCACACGCUUCUCAGCCGAACACUGAGGGGGGGGGGGACAGAGAGGGAGAGAAAGAGGAGGAGGAAAAGACACUGACUGAAGCUCCAAUGAACUCCUCUGUCCAAAACCUCUAGAGACAUUUUUUUUGUACCGAACAUUACUAUACCUAACAUGUAGUUAAAAAAAAAAAUCAGAAAGUAAAGAAAACAGAAACAAAUAAGAAGUAUAUUUUUGUACUUGAGACUUUUAGUACUGACCUGUGUUAAGUUGUUUUUAGAUGCACAUAACUCAUCAGACAUUUGGGGUGCUGACUUUUUUCGUAGAGCGUGGACUUUUUAUCAUCUCUGUAUUUUAGGUUGUGUUUUUACUUUUGUUUGACGGUUCAGAGUUUUUUGGACUCACACUUGCUGCUCCAAGAGACUUGAAGGGCCCUGAUCGACCGCACUGCCAGAAUAUGCUGCGUUCAGAGACACAUACAGUACACCCACACACACACACAAAGCAUAACUGCUGCGUUCAGGAGCUCAGUAUUGGGUAAUGUUGCGUUCAGUCUUACACACAGCCACGGCACCUCUGUUUUGAACACUGUGGUGUGCCCUUGCUACUUCUGGAAUUCUAUACAGACAAACACCGUUAAAGCAAAUAGAGCUUUAAGUAUACACAAUGGAAAAUGUGGCAGCUACAUUGAUAAUCACAGGUUUCUUGCUAUAGUUAUAACUAAAUUAGAGGUGUAAAAAUGUAUCGACAUGUAGGAAACUCCCUUUGAUUUUGUUGCCCUUUUGUUUGUCUGUUUUUAUACAUAUAUAAAUCUAUUUUUAUUUGAGGAUGUGUGCAAAUAAUUUUAAUGAUGGGAUAUUUAUUUAAAAUGUGUAAUAAAUGUACAUUAGAAUACUGAUAUUAAACUCUUGUUUGUUAA